AUGAUUGGUAAUUCAAACGGCGAUAUGGAUGAAUGGAUGGGUGGAUACGCUAAUUCGCUGAGUUAUGGAUGCAUUGCGUCGUGCAUUGCUCUGAAGACACUGGAGCUCAAAGAUGAGGAAAAACAUAGCCAGUUGAACGGAACUACUGCAUGGAUUGAAGCAAAACUACUUGAAAAUAUGGUCGGACGCAAGUUGAAAUCGUGGAAUAAAUGA